AUGCCUCGUCCCAAACGAAAAGCGGCCCCACCAAUCACUUCUUCUGACGUCGAUUCUUCCAUUCGUACAGAGCCGAAGAAGAGAACAACUUCAAAGCAAUUUGAACGAAUAGAUUUCCUGUUUGAGUUGUAUGCAAAUAAAUCAAUUGGUUUGAUUGACCCAGAUGGGAUUGAAGCACUCUGUAAAGAUGUUAAUGUGGACCAUACAGAUGUUAGAAUGCUGAUACUUGCUUGGAAACUGAAAGCAGAAAAGCAGGGUUAUUUUACUAAGGAUGAAUGGCGAAAAGGUCUCAAAUGUUUAGGGGUCGACACACACCCAAAAUUAAAAAAAGCAAUAAAUGGACUGAAGAAAGAGGUGACUGUUCCAGAAUGCUUUGAAGAUUUUUAUUCCUAUGCAUUUCAAUACUGCCUCACAGAGGAUAAGCAAAGGAGCAUAGAUAUUGAGACCAUAUGUGAGCUGUUAACUGUUGUUCUGGGAUCGGAAUUCCCUUCUCAAGUCAAUUUACUAAUAGAGUAUCUAAAGAUCCAGAAUGAUUACAGAGCGCUAACCAGGGAUCACUGGGGAAGUUUUUAUCGGUUUUUUAAAGAGGUAAGCUUUACUGAGCUGCAAAAAUAUGAUUCCAGUCAAGCCUGGCCAGUGAUCAUCGACAAUUUUGUUGAAUGGUUGAAGGAAAAAGAAACGAAAAUAUAG